CCCUGCGAUUGGCUGGAGACCAAUCCAGGGUGAACCCCGUCUCUUGCCCCCCGCGACCCUGUGUGCAGGAUGAUAGAUAUGGCCGCUCUGCAUCAUUACAAAUGAUGUAUUAAAGGUCACAAAUUAAUGUUUUCCAGCGUAACGAGAAGGUAAAACAGCGCGCACAAAUAUAAUUUUAUUAUUGUGAAACCUACUACGAAAGCCGAUAAUACAAAACAUGUGUUGUUGUAUUUGACUCUGCAGGAUAGAAAAGAAGACAACUAAACAAGCAGAGACAUUCCCUCCAUACUGUGAAACAGGCGUAGAAAAAGAUAAUGCGACAUCACAGCCGUCAAGGCCAUCCUCUGCUCUCUUCCUCAUGUGUUGGAAACAAGGCGCUUUUGCUUGCACACGUCACAUAGACUCAGAGAGCUGUAGACAACCGAGGGCUCUGUUUUCUGGAGCUUAUUGGACCUCCAUCUUUACAGAAAGGCUAUGCAACGCCGGAAAAUCGCCACACUUUUGCCGUGCACGUUUAUGUUGUCACACCUGGGGGUUAUUUUCGCAGUACAGCCAUGGUGUCCUGUGCUCCCUUCAUCCUGGGCCCUCUGUGGAUCCAUGCUCUGACGCAAGCCUGCAUGGGAGAAGAGCUGUCCCGCGAAGCGGUGUUGUCCUGGUUUACAGGGCGGUUCCUGGAGGGCCUCGGGCUGGAGGGCCCCGUAGAGGUUCCUGAUGGGCACACGGCACAGCCAGAAGCAAGGCCGGCACCCCCCAGGGCGGCGGGGGUCAUCCAUCCGACCGUGGAAACAUCUGAAAUCAUUCUCUUCCCCAAUUCUGACUCCCUCUGUGCCACAACCAACUCAGCUCCUGGAGAAACGGCCAGCAGCCACUGCACGUAUCAUGUCCAGCCCUCCGCCAGAAACCUGGAGAUGCUGGUCACGUCUGCCCACUUCUGGUUCCAUACAGGCGAUGGAGCGAACUCCUCCGCCCAGCUGUUCAUUCAAACCUCAGCGCAGGAGCGCCUUCGGCCGGCCGGGGCUCCCUCGGAGACGGGCUCGGACGGGUGGAUCACCUACCACCUCGGACUAAACCAAGCCGGCCCCCCGGCAGAGGGCCCUUUUCUGCUCCAGGUCCGCUGUCCGGCCUGUCAGAACCACGCCAACAAAUCAGACAAGACGCCCUUUCUUCACCUCCACGCUCGGCCUCGUGGUCGUCCUUCCGCCGCCGACCCUCUGAGUGACUGCCUGAGGGCAGAGAUCAAAAUCAGCUUUGAGAAGCUGGGCUGGGCCCACUGGAUUGCCUAUGCGAAGCUGCUGACUUUCCAGCACUGUCAUGGGAACUGCGCAGCCUGGGAUUGAACAGUGAUGAGGUCACUGAGGGUCAUCACGACAUCUUACGGGGGGUUAUCGUUCCAGUACGAGACCUUGCCCAACAUUAUACCUGAAGAGUGUAUUUGUAUCUGAGCCUGGAAGCUUAAAGGGCCAGUAAAUCAGUAAUCGUUUCUGAUCCGUACACCAAGAUUUGUUUAAAAAAAAAAAAAAAAAAAAAAACUGAGCAGGAAGUAUUUUAGAUGUCUCCAAGACUGCAGAAAUGUGUGGUAAUUUGGGGAAGCGGAUAAUUUAAAGAUCUACAUUCAACUUGUGUGACUAAUAAGACUUAAAGUUUGUUACUUAUAAACCAAUAAAUAAAAAUGAUCCAAGGACAGCAUUGUAUUACUUUGCAUUGGUUGUUAUUUCUGACCUGUAGAGGGCAGUCUUUGUCUACAUCGCUUCAUUUACCCAUUAAUAGCUUUAACAUACAGUCGGACUUCUGUUAACCAUGAGUUAUAUUAAAUUGGAUUUGAAUAAACUCUG